AGAACAUGAUAUCUGACAAUUAGAAUAUAUGAUCCACGGUAAUAAUGUUAAUCUGUGGUUAUAACAUUGAAGGUUAAAAAAGUUAGGUUAUGUUAUGUUUUAUGGCUGCCAAAUGUGUUCGUACGAAAGGAAUUAACAAAUUAUAGCUCUAUGAGCUCUAGAAAAUAUUCCUUGUUCUUAAUAUUGAUAUAUAAACUAUUAAAUAAUCGUAUUAAAAAUAUAUAUUGUAAUGAACUUAUGUAAAAAAUUAUGUAACAAAUGUGUUUUUAAAGUCAGUAAGGGCCUUUUAAAUGAACCGGGCAAUUUAAGAAUAUGUUUGCGAUUCCAUUCAACAAAACGGCUAGAAGAGGCAUAUAAAUUAACAAAAACAAAAUGCCAAUCAAAGAAGUUGCCUCAAGAUGUUAAUCCAAGAGCUGUGUUUGCUUGUAAUGAGUUAGACUUAAAGGAAGUUAAAGUAUAUGGGUUUGAUUAUGACUACACUUUGGCAUGUUAUAAACCAUCUUUAGAGCAUCUUUUAUAUAAUUUAGGAAGACAAACUCUUAUAGAACAAUACAAGUAUCCAUCAGCUAUAUCAAAACUAGAGUACAAGCCUAAUUUUGCAGUAAGAGGAUUGCAUUAUGAUAUAGAAAAAGGAGUAUUGCUCAAAUUAGAUUCAUUUUUGCAAAUUCAAUUUGGUACAGUAUAUAGAGGCCUAACAGCCCUUACAAAUGAUGAAGUUAUUAAGUUGUACAAAAAUAGGAUCAUUCCCAUUGCAUAUGUUGAAGGACACACCAAGAAUGCUCAAUUGAUAUUACAGGAGUCACAUUCAAAGAUGGUCCAACUUGCUGACCUUUUUUCAGUUCCUGAAAUGGGUUUGCUCUGUAACGUAGCCGAAUAUUUUGAGAAGAACCAUAUUGAUUACCACCCAGAAAUUUUAUUUAGGGAUAUACAGAGCUCAAUCAAAAAUUCUCACCCAGUAAUGCAUCAGAUUGUUGGGCAAAAUGUAAAUGAAUAUAUUGAAGCCAAUGAGAAAAUAAGACCAUUUUUUGAUAGACUGGUUAAUGCUGGAAAGAAAUUGUUUUUGGUAACCAACAGUCCCUACCAUUUUGUUAAUAAAGGCAUGGAAUUACUAGUAGGUCCUGACUGGAAAGAUUAUUUUGAUGUUUUGAUAGUGCAAGCAAGGAAGCCAAAAUUUUUUACAGAGGUUUCAAGACCUAUAAGAGUCUUUGAUGAAAGAAGCGGAACACACAUAUGGGAUAGAGUUACUAAACUUGAAAAGGGAGUUAUAUAUUAUGAGGGUACAGUAAAGCAAAUGCAGGAUUUAACUGGAUGGCGAGGUCACCAAGUUUUAUAUUUUGGAGAUCAUCCUUACAGUGAUUUAGCUGAUGUUACCUUGGAGCAUGGAUGGAGAACUGGUGCCAUUAUAACUGAGCUAACACAUGAAAUAGCAACGCUGAACAACCCAGAGUUUAAGAAAAAUGCUAAUUGGCUUCAGAUGUUAACACAAUUGAUUGAAGACCACCAAGAUUGUGAAGACGCUGAAGAGCAAAAAGUUCUAGCCAAAUGGAUGGCUGAAAGAGACAAACUUAGAAGCGACAUUAAAUAUGUAUUUAACAAACAAUUUGGGAGUGUAUUUAGAACAUACCAUAAUCCAACAUAUUUUUCAAGAAGAUUGUUCAGAUUUGCAGAUAUAUACACAUCAAAUUUAACGAAUUUACUGAAUUAUUCAGUAAAUCACACUUUUUAUCCCAGAAGAGGAGUCAUGCCACACGAAUAUAUAUCUUAUUUUGUGUAAUAUUCUUAUUUUAUUCUUUUUUUUUCUAGCUUUUACAAGAAACUAUUUAUUUUUCUAACCAUUGUUAAUGAAUUUGAUGCAUGAUCAGCCAAUAAUUUAAAGUGAAGUGACAAUAACAGCAACAUGUCUAAAACAUUACUUGUGUACUUGCCAUAAUAAUUCUGAUAAUACAUUCAAUGAUGGUGUUCAAUAAGUGCCUAUGGGUUGUUAAAGUAUUCUGAUUCAAGCUACUAACCAUAGAAAAGACUUUUGGAUUAUUUGUUCAGCAAAAUUGGAAUUCUAUUGUCUAUAUUUUUUUGGUUUUUAAAAAUAAAAAUUAUU